UUGGGCCGCCGGGGCCGGGGAGCGCCGCUAGCGCCCGGGGGAGCGCUCCUGCCGCUCCCGGCGGCCGGGUGGGCGGCGGCGGCAGUAGGGAGGGUGAGCGGGCGAUGCAGCGAAGGAGCCAGGCGCUGGAUUUCGCGCUGGGCGGCGCAGCGGCGGCCGGUGCCUGUGUGUUAACUAACCCGCUGGAGGUGGUGAAGACUCGGAUGCAGCUGCAGGGAGAGCUCCGCGCCCGGGGCUCCUACCCCCGGCUCUACCGCAACGCCUUCCACGCACUGGCCCUGAUCGCCCGGGAGGACGGGCUGCUGGGGCUGCAGAAGGGACUGACGGCCGCCAUCCUGUACCAGGCGCUGAUGAACGGCGUCCGCCUCGGCGCCUACUCGCAGCUGGAGGGACUGGGCUUCACCCGGCACCAGGGCGGCAGAGUCAGCACCGCCUGCAGCAUCGCGGCCGGGGCAGCGGCCGGAGCCAUGGGCGCCGUGGUGGGCAGCCCAGCCUAUCUGGUAAAGACUCACCUGCAGGCCCAGUCUGCAGCAGUCAUCGCUGUGGGACACCAGCAUAACCAUCAGGGCGUUGCAACUGCCUUCUUGGCGAUCUACAGGCAACAAGGGAUUCAGGGUCUCUGGCGAGGGGUCAGCGGUGCUGUUCCCCGUGUGAUGAUUGGAUCUGCAGCCCAGCUUGCUACAUUUGACUCUGCCAAAGAGCUAGUGAAGGACCAACAGUUGUUCCGCACUGACAGCUGGUUGGUCGGCUUAGUAGGCGGGAUGAUGAGCAGCAUUGCUGUGGUGAUCACCAUGACGCCUUUUGAUGUCAUCAGUACAAGACUCUACAACCAACCAGUCGAUGAGGUUGGCAAGGGGAAGCUUUACAAAGGAUUCUGGGACUGUUUGCUGAAGGUCGCAAGUAAGGAGGGACUCCUGGGUCUGUACAAGGGAAUCGGACCUGGCUACUUCCGCUUGGGCCCACACACGGUGUUCAGCCUGCUCCUGUGGGAGGAACUGAAGAAACUGGCCUACCCUGACUACCGGGAGAAAAUCUGAGCUCCCCUGCAGCCCUCCCACAGCCUUGGGGGUAAACGUACUGGAGCGAGACCUCCUGUAGAAAGACAGAGUGGGCUGCCUCCAUUGGGGUGCUACUGGUGACCAAGGAAUGGUGUUACUCUCCCACAAGUGAGGUGGAGAUUCUGUUGUUAUUCAACUGCACUGAAAGACAGGCCACACCUCCCCUCACUUCUACUGAAGUUCCCCUCACACUAAGUGCCCCCGCAACAAUUCAAUGGAGCAAUCACUACACACUGUUGUAAACCCAGUGACAUCCCCAACUCUGUGGUGAUAGGGGAGUUAUGCUGAUAGUGCUGGACCAUUGGAUUAGAUCUGCCCACAUAUUGGUCUGGGAGAAAUAGCAGAAAUAAAUUAGGGACUAACUCACAAAGAGCCAGCUUGUGUUUAUCUGUCCCUCUCAACAAGUGAGAUCCAUGUUAAAGCGUCACCAUGGCUCUCUUGUCGCCUUCCCACUCCUGCUAUCUCAGGACCGCUUUUCUCUUUAAAUCAGACAGCACAACUCACAAUUUCAGUGGAAAAAUAAUCCUCAUUCUUUGUGUACUAUUGGUAAUCCACCCCGUCUCCUUUUAAGCUUCAAUGUUGAGCAGUCUGGCUUCCUAACUGUGUUUUGUUUAUGUUCAGCCACUCGAGGGAUGGUAGUGUGGAGAAGUGGGACACCACUGCAGGCAUCCAGUGUCAGUACCAAGCACACCUCGGUCAGAUUCCUCUGCAGUCCCCCAUCAAACACUACACAGAUCAGGUGUAAAGCAGUAGCAGCACAGGGUAACUGGAGAGUCAAUCUCCUUUAUGCUUCAAAACUCAGAAGAGUUCCUCAUCAAGGGUCAUAGAGAGCACAGUCUGAGGCCCUUCAGCCCACUGAUUCUGCACUGACCAUCGACCAUCAUUUUCACAUUUUAUUACGCGAACCCAUCUUAUUCUCCCCACAUUCCCAUCAACUCCUCCCCAGAUUCUACCCCUCACCUACACACUAAGGGCUGUUUUCAGCGACCAAUUAACCUUCCAACCAGCACAUUUUUGGGAUGUGGGAGGAAACCAGAGCACCCGGAGGAAACCCAUACAGUCACGGGGAGAACGUGCAGCCUCCACACAGACAGCACUGGAACUCAGGAUUGAAUUCUCGUGUGAUAUUUUUGAAUUUCUAACAUGGGCCACCCAUAGCCUCUCUAAAUGAGAUUGCCAGUUUAUAGAUGGUUCUAUUCUAACCGAGCUGAGGGUUAACCCCGUCUCCCUUUAUAUGGAGCAAUAU